AUGGCAGAGACAGAGAAGGAUGCCUUCUGCCGUGUCAAUGUCAAUGAAGAAGUGCCCUCGGAGGAUCAGAGGCAGGAUUCUCACGAGAACGAUGCACAAGUGGACAAGGUUGAAGGAUGUGUCGAACCGAGCUGUCGCAUCAUGUCUGCCGCCGCUGCAGCCGUGAACGAGGUCGACCAAGACAUUUCUCCGAACUCCGAGAGGUAUUGCCAAGCUGCUAUGGUGAAGCAUGCACUCAGCGAGGCACAGAGAACUAGCCGACGGCUUCGGCGACGAGUGCGCAUCCCUGCGCUGAUCAUUGGAUUCUUGCUGAUGGGAUUCUCUAUCUGGCCCGUCCACACAUCAUGGACGGCUCAAGCAGCCAUGCUCGUCUUCGUGAGGGACUUGCUUCGCUUUCUUGGCCGGAUGUCGUGGCUUUGCGCUUGCCUCCCUUCUGACCGCUGGGCUCCCAAAAUUGGCUCGGUCCUGCUCCUCAUCAUGGGCGGGAGGUGCCUCUUCUGGCAUUUCCGGAGCUCCUUCCUGUUUGCGCAUCAGCUGGCCGAGUUCUACGAUGAUGGCCGUCCAUGCCGCAUUGAGGACGAGGAAGCUGACUGCUGGCUCGGAGCCUACAUGAUCUUUGCGAAAGCCUUGAUGUUCACUAUCAUGUACUCCUGGCAGUUCCCCUACCUCAUCUACGGCCUUGUGCUACCCUCGAGGGCAUGCCUGGCAAGGCUUUGGGUGGGCCUGGCGCUUGUCCAACUAACGAAGGGCAUCACCGACUUCCUCACCGUGCUGCCAGCCCAGGCAAUCCGUGCACACCUGGGGAGCACUGUUCCCUCUGAUGUGGUCCUCUACACGACCCUGCACGGGCUUUGCAGCUUGGUGAGCGGCCUCUUGCUUUUGCAGCCGGGCUUCCGUCGGUGGGUCUACUUCCGGCUGCUCUGGGCGGGUGGGGCCUACACAGCCGCCUCUAGUGUGGCAGCCUUCUUGGGUAGCCAGACCAGUCGGAAGGUGAUGGAGCUGGCGCAGGACACCUGCCGCUUUAUUGCUCUCGACAAGGUCACCGAGAAGGACAUGAUGAGUUCAAGCCCGGAUCCAACUCUCAAGAGGCUGUCCACGCCAUGCCAGUUGCAAGACGUCGACGCUUUCCUUAGCCACAGCUGGCAAGAUGCAUGUGGCCGGAAGUGGGAAGCGCUUCAGGCUUGGCGCAAGUCCUUCAAGGCCCACCACCAGCGCGAACCUCGUUUGUGGAUUGACAAGUACUGCAUCGAUCAACAAAACAUUGAGCACAGCCUGAUGUGCCUUCCCGUCUUCCUGGCCAGCUGCCACACGCUCCUGAUCAUUGCGGGGGAGACAUAUUUUGACCGCUUGUGGUGUGUGGAGGAGGUGUUCGUGUAUCUGCAGAUGGAGCGCAACGUGAAAUCGAUCGAGCUGCUGCCAAUUUGUCAGAACCUUGCGAAUCGCAUCACCGCCUUCGAUGCCGAAAAUGCUCAGUGUCACGAUGACGCAGAUCGACAGAAGCUUUUGGCGACAAUCGAAGCCGGCUGUGGUGACUACGAGGCCUUCAACAGUCAGGUUCAAAUAGCGUUGCUGCAGGCCUUGAAGGUGUCCGAUGCGCUGCUGGCAGCUUUGCAGGAAGGCCAUGAGACCCAGGUCAAGUUGUCCUACUUCGGGCACUGGGCCUGGUGUCAGAACGUGGGCAACUGCGAGGAGCCAUUGGCACUGAUAUUUCGGGAGUAUCAGCAGGAUUGGGCUGAGACAGACGACGGCCUCAACGAGGUCAACUACCAGCGGCUCCUGGAGAGACUGCGCAGUUUCCUACAGAGCCCCAGUGGUGAUGGCCGGGAGUUGAUGCGGGCAGAUCUCAUUCUUUGCACGCGACCGUUUCUUUUCUGCUCACUUCUACGCUCUCUUUGGCCCGAGUCGUACCCACAGCUGCCCAUGCUGCACUACUACAGUGGCCCGCUUCUCUUUGACACUACGCCAUCCCAGAUGCAUGUGGUGCUACAGGCCUUUCGGCAGACAGUGCUGUCUUCCACGCUGGAUCUAGUGGUAUCAUCGUCUGCUCUGCAGAGCGCCUGGAUGUUGGCGAUGGCCGGCGUGGCUGUGCCGCAUGUGCGUCCUCAUGCUGUGGGGCUGCGCGGACGAUACCGACCUCCUAUUGCCGAGGCAAAGCACUUGGCCCUGCGCGCGCUGGUCUUGCGGAGCACGUGGGUUGGUACUCUGAUGGCUCAGGCCUUUGAAACUGUGCUGCUUGAGAUGAUUCGGGAGAGCUCGUUGGAAGAGUCUUUGCGCUUGGAGUGGCUCUCUUCCGGCAAGUUUCUCUCUUACGAGGAAAUUGCCUCCUUCCACGCCGCGGUGUUCUUCCCUGAGCAGCCAGACAAGCUCACGUUUUGGGAGCAGUAUGAGAUGGCGAUGCCGCUUUGGUUGCCUACAGCAGAUCUCUGGAGCAAGAUCCACGCCGUCGGCGAAUACCGCUACUCAGUCUUCGCUGCUCGCUGGAAUGCUGUCCUAGCCGAAGGUGAUGCUGCGGCCAAUGGGUGCGGCUUGCCACAGUCAUUGUUCUUCAACUCGACAGACCCCGUGGACCUACACAGCGAUUCCCCUCUGGCUCCGGCAUUUUGGUUUCAACUUACCGACUACGCCCUGUUCCCCCACCUGCAGUUCUUUGCCUCUGCGCCCGAACUGGCGACGGGUCUGUUGGGGGCUGAUUUGACUGCCCUUCACGAGUCCAUGGCGAAGUUCAACUUGGAAUCCUGGCGCCGCUCGUCAAGCUUCUACCGCUCGGCGAUCUGCAUCUUGAUGGAGGGCUCCGAGAUGGCUCUGACACCACAGUUCCUUCCGCAGCCAGCAGAAGACUGGGCCAAAGGGGCCAUCGGCGAUCCCCACGAGUGUGCACACGUCACGGACUUCUGGACCAGCCACCACGAGUGCGUCCAGCCAGUGGUCAAGGUCAAAGCAAACCACUACGCCCAGGAUUGCUGGGAUCGUUGCAAGAUUGGGGGCGAUUGCGCCUGGUGCGGUUUCGGCCAAGCCUGCUGUCGAAAGAAUAGCACGCUGGAUCCGCCGGAAUGUAAAGGCGUGGUCGACUGGCCCACAGAUCGUCAUCACACCUGCAUCAAGCCAGUGCAUGAUGUUCCGGUCAAGCACGAAGGGCAGGAUUGCUACGACUACUGCGAAGGCAACGGUCGAUGCAGUUGGUGUGGUCGGGGGAUGGCCUGCUGCAAAUAUGGGGACAUCUACACCACCGACGAGUGCCGAGCCGUGGUCUACUUCUCCUCAAGGGAGCACCACGUCUGCGUGAAGCCGAGCUUCAAAAAUCCAGCCUCCCUUCCAGCGCCAAUUGGGAAGAGUCCGGACGAGCUGCCAGCAGAGUGUCCACAAGGCUACUCCCCUGGACCGAUGGGCUGCGAGCUGGAUGAUGGCCCACGUCUGCAGACUUUCUAUGUCUACAGGGCCUUGAAGGAGGAAGACAAUCUCACCUCCAACUUCGAUGCCAUGAGCAUGAGUGGCAUUCUGUACCAUGUUCAAACUGCUGUUCUCGGCUGCCCUCGCACCGGCGAGAUCAGCAGGAUCAAGCGCCUCAAGGUGACCAUGAAGAACACCCCUGAAGCCUACAGGACCUUCAAGACGCAGUUCGCGCCGCUCCUGGCUUACAGGAAUGAGCAGUGCAUCUCGCCCAGCUGCCAGCAGAGCUUCCAAUCGAGAGGCUAUGCCGUUGGUUGCCUCGUACAAGAGAGAGGGCAGCCAUGCUACCUGAAGAAAGACUGCUCGAGCGACUCUUUGCACUACUCCUUCCCGGGCCCCUGCCCGCUCAGUGCUGCCGGGGCCAAGACGGAAGAGUGUCUUGCGCAGUACCCUGGCGGGCUGUGCGACGAGCCGAACGGCACAGACAACUGCACCUUCCAUGUCGAGGACGCAGGGACUGUCACGCUGGAUGAGCUGAGCGGGCGAAAUACAUCGCAAAGCCUCCAAGACUGGUGCGCCGCCGGUAACUUGGAGUGGGAUCCGACCAGGGACAAGGGAGUGGGCAUGAACUUCUGGAACGGCCUGCACAACGACCCUUUGCGCAAGGACUGCCUGAACCACUACCCUCAAGAUCAGCGGGAUCUGCAGAAUCCUCACGCCUGCGAGGCUGGGCUACCUCUUCUGGAAGAAGUAUCCGAGCUUUCCGAAGCGUUGCAUAGCGUUGCCGGUGGGACGGGCAGUGGCCUGGGCUCUUUCGCACUGAAAUCUGUUCGGGAUGCCUUUCCCUCCGCUGCCCUCGCAUCCAUCUCGGUGUGGCCGUUCGAGACUGGCGAGGUCAGCGUUCAGUGCUACAACGCAUCUCUGACUCUCGCUGCAAUCUACGAACAUGCUGACUUGGCGGUGGUUUGUGAGAACGAACGUUACCUGGACUUGUGCCGUCUCUCGCUUGGACAGGCGCAUCCUUCUCUCGGCUCGCUGAAUGUGGCGAUCGCCGAGAGUUUAGUCCGGGUCUGCAUGCCUUGCAAGUCUGUGAGGGCUCAACACGGGCCCGGUUGUCCGCUGCUGCAGCUUGCAGGGCAGCUCUGCGCACAUCCGCUGUACAGAUUAACGACUGUGCGCAGCCUACCACAGACUCGUCGAGGAGCAGAGGCAUUUACCUCGGACUCCUGGUUAGCACUCCAAAGGCGAUUGCUCCAUUUGUCCGAAACCGGCGCCCUUGUGGAUAGGCCGUCGCAAGCUACACAGAGCCCCAAGGACUUGUUGCCAGGAUGCCCCCCCAUCGCUUGCAGGAGGGUUUGGCGCGCUGCCGCACCCUCUCAGCCUCUGUUUUCUUCUGGGGCCACGCAGCCACCGAAGCGUCCCUG